AAGGCCCGGAGUCCGCGAACCUCAGUCAGUGCCUCCGACAACGCGCGCGAGUGACGCCGUAUUUCCCGCGCAUUCCAACUACGACCAUAGACUAAACGGAUAUAGUCUAUCCCGAAUCUUCCUGCGUAAAGGUAAUUUUCGGCCAGUAUUUUGAGUUUUUGUGUCCGAAGUUUGCAGUUACAAAAAAACAUGGGUUGGUCCCUUCCAGCGCUUCUUGCGCUCGCGACCCUCGGGUCAGCGCAGCUGCAGGAGACCUGCCUCUCCGUCGAAGAGGACCCGUACCUCCUCUUCGGCACCAAGACUGCUUACAUCUUCGCCAACCGAGGCCUCCCUAACAACAAUAGGGCCCAUGAAGUCCCUGGAUGCCAGCCGGUCGCGUUCUGGAUGAUGCAGCGGCAUGGCUCCCACAACCCGGAGGCCGACGAGAUCGAAAGGCUGCAGAACCUGACCGACCUCAAGAACAACAUCAUUAGCAACUACAGGAAUAGCAACUUCAGGAACACCAAUAAUCGCAUUUGCGUGUCCGACGUCAAGAUACUGGAGCACUGGCAGUACAACCCUCGCCACAACCUGAGCUUCGCCGGGGAUCUGACGAGUGACGGUUACCUCAGCGCUCAGCAACUGGCACAAGCGUUUAAGCGCAAGUACCCUGAGCUAUUUACUGACAACAGGCAUAAUUACCUGUUUAAAUACGUAAAAGAGAGUCGGCUCAGCACCACAUUCCGUGCUUUCUCCGAGGGCAUCUUCAAGACCAUGAUCGACAGCGAUGACCUCCCAAAGGAAAAUGAUGAGAAACUUCUAAGGCCGUACAAAUUCUGCAACGCUUGGACAAAAAGUACGGAAGAAAAUCCUGAUUCGCCCUCACAGAGAACUAUCUUCGAAUCCAAAUAUGAAUACAAACAAAUGGUAACAAACGUGUCCCUACGACUGGGCUUCAACUACGACGUGGAUGCGGCCGUAGUCCGCGGCAUAUAUCUGAUGUGCCGCUACAAUAAGGCCUGGGAUGUCACACAGAUCUCACCUUGGUGCGCUGCAUUCACCCGCGAAGACCUAAGACGCCUGGAAUACGCGGAGGACCUUGAGACCUACUACAAGUAUGGAUACGGCAACGAUCUGAACAAGAAGGUCGGAUGCGCAUACGUUAAGGACAUGAUGAGCUUCUUCUCUAAGCACGUGGAGAAUGAAAUGCCCCAACAGCCUCAAGUCAUGGUGCAUUUGACGGAAGCCCCAGCCAUACUACUAGCACUAGGGGCCAUGGCGACCCAUCAAGACACUGUACCACUGACUGGGGACAACUACCACAGCGCCGCCAUACAAGCUCGCAAGUGGGCCAGCUCGAAGAUGGCGCCUUUUAACGCCAACCUGGCCGCUGUUCUGUACAAAUGCACCCUGAACGGUAACUUCCAAAUCAACGACCAGUACCAAGUGCUCCUUCUGGAGAACGAGAGGCCGAUAUCGCUGGACUGGUGUCGCGUAGGGCUCUGCGAGUGGUCCCAAGUCGUCAGCAAGUUGGGCGAAGUCGCCAACGCCUGCGACUUAGAAGCGUGCAACGGGGCAACUGCGAUCGGGCAAUUUGUAGCGAUUACCGUGGCUUUGGUCUUCUUUGCUGUUCGGUCGCUGGUUUAAAAGGAAAUCAAUUGGAGACUUGGUAAUGUUGAGUUCCAAAAUAACAAAUUCGGUUUUGCUUGCUGCAGUGUCGCUAAUUUAGCUUUAUGGGCCAGUUUACUAGAACAGAAAACCUGAAAUGCUUGGAAUUCUUCGCAAGAAAAAAAUACCGACCGAAUUGAGAACCUCCUUUUGUUGAAGUCGGUUAAAAUUG